GCUUUGGGCAACGAACGUGAUUGAGGUAGAAGAGCCGAAGAAAGCAAGCAAGUCGAUCGUGCCAAAUUCUUACGUCUAGUUUCCCUUUCACCCUUCAUAGUACUUGUCAGGCAUCACUAACGAAAAUAGAAGUCGAAGCUCGCCGAUCAACGCAAUAGGAGCAGUGUAGCGCUGCUUAGAUUAGUGUCUUCUUCUAUUUGCUUUGUGAUCGUCUUUCUGAUGGGAGCGCUGCGUGUUCCAUUGAAGCGCGUCAUUUGAACAACUGCUUGUGGAUCACAGCUGCUCAACGGAAAUAUAUCCCCAGACUGUUAUUAGUUAGCUCCUUAGUAGUCACAAUUUGCAACAACAACAACAAAAAAGAAGAGAGAAAACAGAGAGAACAAACGUUCUUUUUUUUUCUCCUUCUCCCAUUUAUAGCUUAGUUUAUCGAAACACUCAUCAGCCUUUUUAUUACACAUCCAGAUCAACUCGUGAGAAGGGCAAGCACAUUGAGGCAAACAAACUCACACCUACGCGCACAGCAACAGCACCAAAAAAGAAUCCUAAACUUCCGCAGGUUAACUCGAACCUCUCGAUUCAAACGUCACUUCGUUGGCUUCACCAGCAACGACACUUUAGUGGGGAAAAAGAACAAGUGAAGCAACAAGAAGAAUGCUUCGUCGCGCGUCUGCUUCGUCGGUAUGCGCCGCCGGCCUCCUUGGCACCGUCGUUGGCACCGACCCUGCGACGCCGCCUCGCUGCUUUGCGGUGGCCCACGCGUCGGCAGGCCGCACCGGACUUGCGAUGCACACCCCAAAGGCAGAUGUGCAGAUGGGCCGCUUCAGCUUCAUGGAUCAGUACAACGAGUUCCGCAACCGCUCUGGUCGUGCGCCGGACUACUACGUAGAGAAAUACCGCUCCACCUACUGGCGCGUAGAUGAGUACAUCCGCCGUUCCGAGAACUACAUCCAAUGUCAGGGCUUCUUCUACCUGCCGACGCUGGAGUUCCCCUGGUACAAAGGCUGCAUGCCGCUUCUCUCGUCCUAUCAGAUCCGCGUGCACUACGGCCGCCACCACCGCGCCUACGUGGAAAAGCUGAACCAGCUGAUUGAGGGGACGGAGCUGUACGGGAUGCAGCUCGAUAGCAUCAUCGUGAAGAGCGCCAACGACGAUCGACUGACGGGCGUGUACAACAACGCCGCCCAGCACUUCAACCACUCCUUUUACUGGAAGAGCAUUCAGCCCUACGGCAGCAACAUCCCUCCAGACCUGUCCGCGGCGGUUUCGGCGCAGUACGGCUCCGUGGAGAACUUGGAAAAGCAGUUCAUCACGGCGGCGCAGAACCUCUUCGGCAGUGGCUGGGUCUACUGGAUUUACGAUCGCAGGGCGGGCAAGUUCGAUAUUAUGUCGUACAGUAACGCCGGCUGCCCGCUGACGAACUACGAUCACGUCCCACUGCUCUGCGUGGAUGUGUGGGAGCACGCGUACUACAUCGACUACGAAAACAAGCGACCGGAGUACCUGUCGAAGUACUUUGACGUGGUAGACUGGCACUGGGCGGAGCGCCACUGGAAGCGUGCCACGGACCAGGAAUACUACGAGAUGAAGUUCUGGUAA